AUGGAAGAAAUAUUGGAAACGUUUAAAACCUCACAUAAAGCAGAAAACUAUUGGUUGAGAAUGGAAGCUGAGAAUAUCGGUGCAAUAAAAUCAAUGAUUAACAGUUUCAACAAAAGCAAAGGAAUAAAUUUUUAUGAUUUUAUGAAAUUGAAUGAACAUAUAAAAGCAGCAAUGAAAAGUGAGAGAAGAGAAAUGUGCUUUCCAUUAUUCGCCACGCAGAAUUAUUCAUUAAAUGCUUUAUUGUUCGGAUGGAAGAAUGCUUCGAUGACUAUGUGGAGUACAACCAACAAUAUGUAA